UGGGACUCUUCUUCGCAAUCCUUGACAUGGGUACCCUGGCUGGCUGACCACUAUUUCCCCAGAGUCGAAUGCUGGAUGAGCCAUCCAGGAUGGAAACCCAGUACACAGAGGAUGACCCGGGACCUGGCACCCCCGCAGGAGAGCCGGGAGACCAGCAACAAUCCAGCAGGCCAGACCAGGCCAGAGGGGAGAGAAGGGGUGGGGGCAGUAAAGAGACAUUUAUCUGCUUCCCUAGCUGCUCUGUGGGCCAGUCCAAAUAAUCAGUGCUCAGAAAUCUCUUUCUCAAUCCCCUCACUUGCUGCACCUGCCUCUUCUCAUUCUGGGGAGUGAGCAGGCUUGGUGGGCUGCUGUCAUCUGAAUCUGCCCUCUCACCCCACUAUUUCAGGCCCAUGAGGACUGGGGCAAAGCUACUGUGGGAGCCCAGUGGGUUCCCCAGGUGGAGUCAGGCUGUCUGGUGAGAAUAGGGAAUAGAAAUAUUUUCUGCCUUCCAGCUUCACAGGCAAAGUGCUGGCAUUCAGUACAUCGUGGCUGGGCUGUGCUGGGAGCAAUGGGCCUGCUGGCCGGAGCUGGUGUCAGCUCUUGGCUCCUAGUGCUGUACCUGCAGCCCUCUGCCUCCCAGCCUAUCUCCGGACCCUUGCAGCAGGAGGAGAGUGUGAGCUGUUCUGAGGCCAGCAGCCAGGAACCCGUUACCCCAACACUUCCCAAAACAGUGUCUUUCAGAAUAAACAGAGAGGACUUCCUGCUGGAGGUGCAGGUGAGAGCCUGGCCAGACUGGCUCCUGGUCUGUCACGAAGGCUGGAACCCUGCCCUGGGGUUGCGGAUCUGCCGGAGCCUUGGGCAUCUCGGACUCACUCAGCACAAGGGAGUGAGCCUGUCUGAUAUCAAGUUCAAUGGCUCUCGGGAGUUUGCUCAGCUGUCUCCCAGACUGGAAGGCCUCUGGGAGGAGGCGUGGCAUCUUAGGGACAACUGUACCUCUGGUCGAGUUGUGUCCCUCAAAUGUUCUGAGUGUGGAACAAGGCCCCUGGCUUCCAGGAUAGUCGGUGGACAGGCUGCAGCCCCUGGGCGUUGGCCAUGGCAAGCCAGUGUCACCCUGGGCUCCAGGCACACAUGUGGGGCCUCUGUGCUGACCCCACACUGGGUGGUCACUGCAGCGCACUGCAUGUACAGUUUCAGGCUGUCCCGGCUGUCCAGCUGGCGGGUGCACACAGGGCUGGUCAGCCAUAGUGCAGCCAGGCCACACCAUGGGGCCAUGUUGGAGAGGAUCAUCCCUCACCCCUUCUACAGCGCCCAGAAUCAUGACUAUGACAUCGCUCUCCUGCGGCUCCGGACACCGCUCAACUUCUCAGCCCACAGCUCAGACACUCUCCAGGAUGCUGUGGUGCCCCUGCUCAGUUCCCAGCUCUGCAAUAGCUCUUGCAUGUACAGCGGAGCCCUCACCCACCGCAUGCUGUGUGCCGGCUACCUGCAUGGAAGGGCUGACGCCUGCCAGGGGGACAGUGGAGGCCCCUUGGUGUGUCCGGAUGGGGACAUGUGGCACCUAGUGGGCUUGGUCAGCUGGGGUCGUGGCUGUGCAGAACCCAAUCACCCAGGUGUCUACGCCAAUGUGGUUGAGUUCCUGGACUGGAUCCAUGACACUGUGCAAGUCCACUAGAAGGAACGGAAGCAGCAGUUCUGAUGCCCAUGGCGGGAAAUACACUAUGCUGCAAGAGAGACACAGCCACCACCCUAGGGCCACCAGCUCUUCCCCUCAGGAUCUGAUGUGGAGUGCCUCUUUAUCACUAGGGAGGCUCAACCAUGGGAGAGAGAUAGGGGCUGGGUUAGACAUGGUGAGGGGGGAGGAGGAAGAGAGAAGGGUCAGUUGCUGG